AUGGAUUCCAGGCUCGACACCGCAGUCACUGUCGAGCAACUGCCUGCUCCGAUUCCCGUCGUCAAUGAUUCCCACCCUACAGACCUCACAACAACUGCACCAGCCUCAAUAAAUACCACAGUGCAGGAGGUUCUCCCAUCACCGCCCGCGACUACUCUCACAGAGCCCCUCCCCGCGGAUCCGCCAUCCGCAGAGCCUCAACAAAACCAGCUACAGGAAACACCCCCUGACGCUCCGGUUUCCACCGAUACAACAGACACAGCUCGGACGAACGAGACAUCUGUGACGGCUGAGGCACCUCAGGCAACUGAGACAACAGAGAGCGUGGAGGCACCUCAAGCAGUUGAGGAAACGGAGCCAGUUGAGGCACCUCAGACAAUCGAGACAUCGGAGACCGUCGAGGCUCCUCAGACACCUGGAACAGCUGAGCCAGCCGAGCCAGCCGUACCAGCCGAGACGACCGAGACGACCGAGACAACUGAGGCUGCUCAACCUCAGGAAACAACCGCGGAGAAUGACUCGCCCUCUGCAGAGAAUGAGGAACAAGAACCAGAACAGGAGCAUGAUUCGUGGUUGGAGGAGCCAGAGGAUACAUCAGUGCCAGAUGAGGCUGAAUUGAAGGAGAUUGAAUCGGAAAAUCAAAAUCACCAUUCACUAGAGUGUAAGUCUUCUAUUACUGCUUUACCGGUUCUCAGCCUUAACUCUUCUAGAUGA